AUGCGACGUUUUACUUCGGAUACAAGUAAACACCUUCCACCGGUCGAUUUACAACUUGAUGAGGCACCUGUGUAUUUUAUCGGACCCGCUACGCAUGACAAUCCAAUGUCGCAAGUUCAGACACGGCUCAUGGGAAGGGUGGUGUUCAAUGAUGCCAAGAUCAAGUGGAAUCGGAUUACGCUUCAGUAUGUGGGGAAAGCAGGACUGGAUAUUCACGCACCAUUGGCAGCGUUGCCACGUGAAUUGGCGGAACAAAAUAACGGGAAUGGCCAAGGAUCCAUGCGACUCGACUCCAACAUGACCUUAUGCGAUAUCGAAAAGGAGCUGAUCUUUACGGGUGAAAAGGUGAUUGAAUUUGGAUUGCAUUUACCUACCACGUUACCGCCCAGCAUCAAGACUCGCCAUGCUCAUGUCGAAUAUACACUCGCCGCCAACUUUUCAGCAGGCACCUUUUUCAAAAAGUAUCGCAUCCAGAAAAAAGUCACCGUAUGUCGACAUUAUUUACCAAGCCCAAGUGUCAUGAUUCCAUGUGUCGAAUACAGCCAUGCUCAAGGAUGGUUUGAAUACUCAGCUGAAGUCCCCAAGGCGGUGGCGAUUGAAGCAGGGGAAAUUGUCGUUGCAUUUCGAUGGAGCGUUGAAAAAGAACGAGUACAAGUGGAUCGCAUUGAACUUUCUUUGGAAGAGAUUGAGACGUAUAGAUUUUCCACGAAAUCAGGCGUCCAUAAUUUACCACCCAUGAUCACUCGAUUCCCAUCCACAAGCUAUCAUCCACCCCCUUACUCAGGUUCAUCAGAAACCCAUUUUGUACGCACUCCGAUCCCCAUUAGUACACCAGCCAAUCCCAUUCAACGUCCUGUCAACACGCAUACAUUUAAUCCUUUCCUCGAUAUUUCUCAUCGUCUACGUCUCGUGGUCCAUUUUACAAGCAAUAAUACGGAGAUCCAGCAAGCAGAGCCGGUUUCUAUGGAAUUCCCAAUCAUUGUCACGGAUUAUCCAGCAGGGGAGACGGCCAACCUUAAUACGGAUAUGGGUGUGGUAUUGCCUGCAGGUGAUGAAGCUGUCAACAUUGACCUCGACUUGCCAGAAUAUACGCCACGUUAUGAAGAGCAUGAUCAGUCAUUACAUAGUUAA